GGGUUAUGUGUGAUUAUUAACCUCCGUCUUCCAGCUAUUGUAGACUUUCUUCAGGUCGGAGUAACUGAAACGAUCUCCCUUUCUAGCCUUCGGCUAAACGGAGCAUUGUUAGGUGGAAGAGACACACACGUACACAUCAAGCCAGUGGGGAGAGAGAAGGCUUCUGCUGUGGCUGUCCCAAAAUAGCAACCUAGAAAGUUGCAAAGGACAGAGUCCCACAUCUGCAGCUAGGGCUCUUGUUCUGCAACCUGUCAUGCUUCCGUAGGGAUCUCUGUGCCAUCUCAGCCCACUAGGCCUCGUUCUUUGGUUUGUGUGAAUUGAGACCAAAGGAAGUGCAUCAUUCAGAAUGGCUGAAAGCUUCUUAAGUUUUACAAGGCAAAAGUAUGCCUUGUUCUGUCCAGUCCAGCCAGUGCACUUAGCUGCAAGCUGGGGAGCCUGUCACUGGGGCAGAGUCCACAGCCUAUUAAUCUUUACAUCUCGCAGCAGAGAAAGUCAGGGAAUGAGCUGGAUAGUACAAAAUGUAUUAGUAAAGCAGUGUAAUUUAAACAUUGAAUUUAAGCUGGACUGAGAAACCUGUAUGUUUCAUGCCUACCACUGAACACUUGCUUUUAGUAGUUUGCCUUCACUCAGGCAUGGCUGUGUUUGAACUUGUGGUUAAAUAGUGAAAAAGGCAUGGUUGUCAAUCUACUCACCCAGUCGCAUACCCUCUCAUCCUAAAUUGUGCUUUUAAAGCCUUUUGAUCCUUUGAUCCAAUUAGUUUGCCCAAAUUAUUAGAAAAGACCCCUGACAGAAUACCCCAGCUCCCUUCCCCACGUGCUUGACUUUAAGUUGCAGAAUAUUCUCCUAUCUUUACUGAGCAGGAUACAAAUUUCAUGGUCAUACGUGGUCACGAUGUAGCUCCGGUUCUUGGGCAUUUGUCAGCCGUUUGACUGUGGAGACACUGAGGUGAUACCCCCACCUCUAGAGCCAAAGGCAGUAUGUUCCUGGGAAUAUGCCGAAGUGAUGUUUUUUGCUUUAGGACAGAAAGGGAGAUGAGCUUGCAGCACGCCCUGGAAAUGUUUGCCCUUUCUCUCCCUUGCCUGUAGUGUAGUGAGAUUACUGAGCUACCUUAAAUAAGCUCCAGCUAUGACUCUUAUCUUGGCCUUUGCAAACUAGCAGAAAGUUGAAGUGAUGACAGCAGAUAAGGCUGUUCGCUUUUGAAGCUUAUUGGCUGGUUCUCUGCAUUUUUUUUCCUCUGAAAGCCAGUCAUUCAGAGGUAUAGCUGGCAUACACCGAUCGUUACAUCCUGCUGAGACCAUGGAGGGGACAGGAGGGGUGAGGGUCUAGGAGGGCAGAUCUUCUCUUACCAGCUGGUUUAGCUGUGUCACUUGCCUGGGAAUGGUGCGUGCGUUAAGACUGUCAACUAUGAAAAGUUUGGACUCAUGUUUUCCUUGACCUUUCUUCACCUUGGAGGACAGCAAAGCGGAACCUGGUUGUUAACUCCCUACCUCCUCGGCCUUGGGUCAGUGAGAAAAGUUCAAUGUUGCUUAUGGUGGGAGUGAGGGAACUGGGGUUGUUUCAGAGCAGGCUUAUAUAUUAAACCAUCGUAUCAAAGGCGAACUGCAGUCUGACAAGAAAUGUAACCUGAGGAGAAAGGACACUAGUGUGUUUGAGCACGCUGAGGGAUUCUUGCAUGACCUGUCACUCUUUUAAUGCCGUAGCCUGAGCAGGUCUUUCUGGUUUUUACCAAGGUGGUGGGAGCUGAAUGGGGUGCGGGCUCAUUUCUGUUCGUCUACGGACACCUCCACAAUCUUCUUAUCUCUUUUUUAAUUUCCCCCUGGAUAUAACUUGGAGAAAUACCGUCUGUCAAGUUCGCUGCCACCUGGGCUCAACCCAGCUGAACUGAUUUUGGAAGAUACCCUUGCUUGCAUUCCUCUGGAAGCACUUCUAGGAGGAGAAGAAGCCAAAGAAAUUUAUCAUCAUUGCUGUGGUUUGUGGAAAAACAUUUCUUUUGACUUUGGAGUGACUUACUAGGAGGGAUCUGUGUGAUGUCCUGAUCUCUCCCCGUUCUCCGUGCUGAGCAUGGGAUAGCAGUGUUUGACCAUGGUGGUCACUCAGUUACAAUUGGAGCUGUGCUUUCAUGGCAAGAAGCUGAGAGGUUUCACCUGUAAGUUGACCAAGUCAGCCAAUGGAUUUCUCCCAGAGACCUCAUUCUCCAUUGCCUCCCAGAUUUUCGUGCCAUUCCUUCUGGCUGGCUUGGGCAUGGUAGCUGCUGGCCUCCUGAUGGAUGUUGUUCAACACUGGGAUGUGUUUCGGACAAUUACGGAAGUUUUUAUCCUGGUUCCUGCCCUGGUUGGCCUAAAGGGUAAUCUUGAAAUGACGCUGGCUUCCCGACUCUCUACUGCUGCUAACACUGGACAGAUGGAUGAUGCCCAAAAGCAGUGGAAAUUGGCCACCUGCAAUUUAGCCCUGAUCCAGGUCCAGGCCACGGUGGUGGGACUUCUGGCUGCUGUAGCUGCUGUGAUCCUGGGAGCCAUCUCUAAGGGCUCUGUGGAGCUAAGCCAGGCUGCCGUGCUGUGUGCCAGCAGCGUGACCACUGCCUUCAUAGCUGCACUUUCUCUUGGUCUGGUGAUGAUUGGCGUGAUCAUCGGUGCAAGGAAGGUUGGGAUCAAUCCAGACAACGUUGCCACACCCAUAGCGGCAAGCCUUGGAGACUUGAUAACCCUCUCCCUGCUGGCAGGAAUCAGCAGUACACUCUUCAAAUACAUAGAUCUGAAAUACCUUUCUCCGCUGAUCUGUGCUGUCUUCAUUGUCCUGAUCCCUCUCUGGGUUGCUAUUGCCAAGCAAAGUCCUUCCCUUGCUGAAGUCCUGAAAUCUGGAUGGCAGCCGGUCAUUGUUGCAAUGAGCAUCAGCAGCAUCGGUGGGCUGAUCCUGGACAAAACUGUAACUGACCCAAACUUUGAAGGCAUGGCAGUUUUCACACCUGUGAUUAAUGGUGUUGGAGGGAAUCUGGUAGCCAUCCAGGCCAGCCGUAUUUCCACAUUCCUGCACUUCUGGAGCAUGCCUGGAGUUUUGCCGUACAAAAUGAGGCAGAAUUGGCCGAACCCAUGUACCACGUUCUUCUCGUCAGAGGUGAAUUCCAAGUCAGCCCGAGUCCUGUUCCUCCUGGUUAUCCCAGGGCACCUCGUGUUCCUCUACACCAUCCAUCUGCUACAGGGAGGCCACACGUCUCUGUCCUUCACCUUUGUGAUAUUUUAUCUGACUGCUGCUUUGCUGCAGGUGGGAAUCCUGCUCUACGUGGCUGACUUCAUCGUGCGCCUGAUGUGGAGGAAGGGAUUGGAUCCAGAUAAUUUCUCCAUCCCCUACCUCACUGCCCUAGGGGAUCUCUUGGGCACGGGGUUCCUGGCUGGCUGUUUCCGCCUGGUUUGGCUCAUCCACGGUGCAGACAUGAACCUGGGAAACUAAGAGACCACACGCUGCUCCGCAUCACUUGUUCAACAUGGUGCUUUCCGUUGGGACAACAGGAUACUUGGCAACGAGAGCUGGGUCACCUGGCUGGAUUGGGCCUCCCCUCCCGCCCCUGACACCCUGCCUCUCCUCCCCGUUGUGCCUUACAGCUGGGCUCCGUCCGCCCCGAGGAAUCGGCACCCGCCGGUCUGUGCUGGGGCAGGUGAGCAAGCCAAUUUUAAGCAACACCUGUGGCUCACGUAUGUGCCCUGCAAACGAGGCAUUAAGGAGCGCUUGGGCCAUACUGUAAUGAGUGAGCGUUUUGAUUGGCUUCAGGGUCUAGCACAGUAACAGCUGGUGAGGCUGGUCUGAAGCCUGCAGAGGUCACUGGAUCGGAACCUGCAAAUGGAUGUCACAACAUCUCUGUCAGGCUCUGAUUUUCCAUCAAGGAAAAUAUUUGCUUAACCCCCCCCCCCCCCCUUCUCUCCCCCCAUCACAUCCCCGGCGGAGGAGAGCAACCACGUCUUUAGACUUGUGUCCUCUCUGCGGUUCAGACGCUCAGGGCCUGACGCACUGAGCUCCUUGCUGGCUCACGUCCAGUGGGAAGUUAUCUAGGGACACCACCUACCUAAGCAGCGCUGCUGUUGUCUGACUGACAAGCUGGAUAGAUUGUGUUUUGGGGGGUAGGAGGGCUGGUUUUGUUUUUACGGUUUAUGAAAUGUCCAGUAGCUAAAAAGUUUGUAGAAAUACACAUACAAAUAAAGUGAUUUAAAAGGUAA